GUAACUAUUUUGUCUCUCUUGUUUUUCUUUUCUUUUGCAGAGCAAGGAAAUUGCUUUCCAGCUUCAGGAAGACUUAAUGAAAGUGCUAAAUGAGCUAUACACAGUGAUGAAGACCUACCACAUGUACCACUCGGAAAGCAUCAACGCCGAGAGCAAGCUGAAGGAUGCUGAGAAGCAGGAAGAAAAGCAGAUUGGGAGGGGGGACCCUGUGUUCAGCAUACGGAUGGAGAAGAAGAUUGAGAAAAUAAAAGAGAAGCGUCAAGCCAAGUACUCGGAAAACAAGCUGAAGUCGAUCAAAGCGAGGAACGAGUACCUGCUGACGCUGGAAGCGACAAAUGCGUCCGUUUUCAAGUACUACAUCCACGACUUGUCGGACUUAAUUGAUUGCUGCGAUUUGGGAUAUCAUGCAAGUCUGAACCGGGCCCUGCGGACCUACCUCUCGGCAGAGUACAACCUGGAAACGUCACGCCACGAGGGUUUAGAUAUCAUUGAAAAUGCUGUGGACAGUCUGGACCCACGGAGUGACCGACAGAGGUUUAUGGAGAUGUAUCCGACAGCCUUCUGCCCACCAGCCAAAUUUGAGUUCCAGUCUCACAUGGGGGACGAAGUGUGCCAUAUCACAGCACAACCGCCAGUCAAUGGGGAGCUCAUUCUCAGGUUCCAGCAGUUGCAGUCUCGACUGGCCACUCUGAAGAUCGAGAAUGAAGAGGUGAAAAAGACAUCAGAGGCCACUUUGACCACCAUCCAGGACAUGGUGACCAUCGAAGACUACGAUGUGUCCGAGUGCUUCCACCACAGCCGCUCCACAGAAUCGGUCAAGUCCACCGUGUCCGAGACGUUCCUGAGCAAACCCAGCAUCGCUAAGAGACGAGCCAACCAGCAGGAAACGGAGCAGUUCUACUUCAUGAAAUUCCGCGAGUUUCUGGAGGGCAGUAAUCUCAUCUCCAAACUGCAGGCCAAACACGACUUGCUGAAGAGGACACUCGGUGACGGCCAUCGAGCUGACUACAUGACCACAAGUAGACAUCCCAAUGGGCUGUACAAAACCCUCACAGGCCCCCGGCGGCCUAGACCCCGCUCUUGUUUCAAUGUUAAGCUAUUUAAUGGAAAUUUGGAGUCAUUUAUCAAGGACUCUGGACAAGCCAUCCCCAGAGUGGUUGAAAGUUGUAUCCGCUACAUAAAUCUAUAUGGCCUCCAGCAUCAAGGGAUCUUUCGUGUGUCUGGAUCCCAGCUGGAGGUCAACGACAUCAAGAACUCUUUUGAGAGGGGAAACGACCCUCUAACAGAUGAUGAGGAUAAUCAUGACAUCAAUUCGGUGGCUGGUGUUCUCAAGCUCUACUUCCGUGGUCUGGAGAACCCUCUUUUCCCCAAAGAGAGAUUUAACGACUUGCUGUCAUGCAUCAGAAUAGACAACUUGUAUGAGAGAGCGUUAUACAUCCGAAAGAUCCUCCUUACCAUUCCCAGAUUGGUUCUCAUUGUGAUGCGUUACCUCUUUGCCUUUCUCAACCAUCUGUCCCAGUACAGCGAUGAGAACAUGAUGGACCCGUACAACCUGGCCAUAUGUUUUGGUCCCACACUAAUGCCGACUCCAGACACCCAAGACCAGGUCUCCUGCCAGGCUCAUGUGAAUGAGAUCAUCAAGACCAUCAUCAUCCACCAUGAGACCAUCUUCCCUGAUGCCAAAGAACUGGACGGGCCCAUCUACGAGAAGUGCAUGGCCGGCGGCGACUACUGUGAGAGUCCCUACAGCGAGCAUGGGGCACUGGAAGAGGUGGACAAUGAGGGAGGGACAGAGACGCACACCAGUGAGGACGAGGGCGAGCCGAUUGAGGCCAUUGCCAAGUUCGACUACGUUGGGCGCUCCUCUCGGGAGUUAUCCUUCAAGAAGGGCGCCUCUCUGCUGCUUUACCAACGAGCGUCUGAAGACUGGUGGGAGGGACGACACAACGGGAUUGACGGCCUGGUACCACACCAGUACAUCGUAGUUCAGGAUAUUGACGACAACUUCUCUGACAGCCUGAGUCAGAAGGCUGACAGCGAGGCCAGCAGUGGCCAUGCAGGAGAAGAUAAAUGUUCAGGAAAGGACAUCAGCUCACCCACCGAUACCAGGAUCUCUGAGGCCUACAUCGCCAGGCAUAGAAAAAGGUCGGACCCACCAACUCGCCGGCCCCCGGCCCGCCCCAGCAACGUCCACUGCAUGCUGCAUUCGUCCCAGCAGGGCCACGGAGGGACCCCGGAGAUGGGCUCCCCGGUUCUGGGCCACUUCAGCCCCCGGGACAUGCUGAGAAGCCACAACCACAUGCCGAUGGACAGCCCAGAGCGGCGGCGGCGCACCGGCCACGGCAGCCUGACCAACAUCAGCCGCCACGAGUCCCUGAAGAAGAUGGAGAGCCCGCCGAUCCGUCGUUCCACCUCUUCAGGCCAGUACACGGGCUUUACUGACAGCCAUCACCACCACAGCGGCAAGCCCCUGGACCCGGAGACCAUCGCACAGGACAUAGAGGAAACGAUGAACACUGCCCUUAACGAGCUGCGCGAGCUGGAGCGGCAGAGCUCAGCUAAGCACGCCCCUGACGUUGUGCUGGACACCCUGGAGCAGCGGCAGACCGCCGGCAGCGGCGGCGGUGGCCCCACUAUGGCAAGUUCAAACGAGUCCCUGAGCCCUAUCCACGGCGUCAUGCUGAGGUCGACGGCGAACACCGAGCCACCAAUCCGCCGCAGCACCAGCUCCUCCAGCGAGGCCAUGAGCACCUUCAAGCCCAUGGUGGCGCCACGCAUGGGGGUGCAGCUGAAACCUCCUGCUCUGAGGCCCAAACCUAUGGUCAUGCCUAAGUCCAAUCAGGCCCCGCAGCCCCCUGCUGGGGCUGCUCAGGACCCUCUAGAUAAAUCCUGUACCAUGUAAGCUCUGGGAAAAAAUAAACAACAACAACAAAAAAAAGAACAAGAGAUGGAAAGCAAAACUCUCAGCCCAUUCCUGGGAGUCUCUGUCUGAACUUCCACCUGUGUCGUCAAUGCACGGAAAAGAAGAGGACGAGAUCCAAGAGAUCUUUGUAACCUUUCCAAUUAUAAGAUGUAGUUGCAAUGUAGACUUGUUAUCCGAGCAAAUCGUUUGCGUCAGCAACAUGCGGUUUUAUUUUAAUAUGCUUAGGUUACCAACUACCUUACAGUAUAAGGUUUUUAAAAACGAAUUUGAACAACAAAUCACAACAUCUUCCUUGAGAUUUUAGAUUUAGUUUCGUUUACAAGUGAUAAAGAACUAAAGCAAGUUACUUGUAGAGAAGCCUGAAGAGAGAACUGCAGUGACCACAGCGGCUAAAACGAGAGGAUUAUUUCUGGGAGUGCCCUUGAAGCCGUGAAUCCCACCAACGUUCUUACAGACUUAACUGGAAAUGUAACUGAUUUUAACAUUCUGAUGUUAAAAUGUGCUGGACAAUAAACUGCUUAAAAGGUUGCCAAUCCUGUGGCUCCGCAACUUAUUUAUUAACGGUACUCUGUUAAUAAAUGAAAAGUACUGAAGCUUGUACCCUUCCUUUCGGUAGCAUGUAAACCGCAGCUUUUUUUCAUUUUAUUUUCUGCAAGGUGUAUGAUCAGUCGUCUUACGCGGAGGUGUAGAUUACGCCUCUUUUCUGGGCUCACUCAGAUUGAUGAAAUUUUGUUGUAUCAAAACAAGAAGAAAGGUGGAAGAACUGGAUAAAACCACUACUUUGUUGUGAACCUGUGUGCUUCGAUUUCUGCGUCUAUACCUAAAACUGUAAGUAUGCCUUUGUUUAUGUGUCAGCCAUGAGUGUGAACGAUGACUUCAGACAGUGCGGACCACAUGUCAUAGCCUUCUGUAUGCCUUGGCUUUAUCUACCCAAAGACUUGUGUAUAGGUGAAAGCAUGGAUGUUGAACCUCCACAUUCACUGAUGCGUUUAGACUUAAGGCAGCAUCUUUGCCCGAGUUUCUGCCGGUAGCCAUGGACCUUAUGACUGUUAGUGUGAAAGCCUCGUCAUACAGCCGCCCUCCUCGUCCUGCUUCUGUCUGUGAGGGAGGCUAACAGUUUGAGCCUUACAGUCUGUUCUGUUCAGGUGAGCAUGUUGCCUAUUGUUUUUUUUUUUUGUUGUUGUUGUUGUUGUUGUGGCUACUUCUCUUGGACUGGUAUUAUUACUUCUGUGCGGAUUUAUGAUUUCAACUAAAUGACAUGGGGAAAAAAAACUAAAAGACUGCACAUUGCCCUGCUCCGGAACAAUAAUUUCAAGAU